CAGAGGUGCGGUUGCUGACGUGUAACCAGAGGAGGACGCACCCGCCGCCACCGCACAAACAGCACUGAGUCCCCCUCCCUUCCCCUGCACAGCAGCAGUAAUAGCACUACAGAGAGGGGCGUGCCAGCGGGCGGCUGUCUUCCGGCGGACUGACGCACCGGGCUCCGCCUUCUGCUGCCCACACACGACGGGUGGCUCUCGCGAGAUUCAGUGGCUGCCUGGUGCGGGAGGAGACCGAGGGGUAGCGGCGGAUACCGGAAUCCAGGCCCGAGAGAUUGGACACCGAGCCCGCUGGCUGUGUCUCCCCUCUCAGUGCGCACAUGGACCGCUGCGACCUCCGCCCCCUGCCUGCAGCCCUCCUGCUAGGGCUGAUGCUAGUCUCCUGCGGCCUUCUCCCGGGACCGGCCACCGGCGCCCAGAACGCUGGGUUUGUCAAGUCGCCUAUGUCAGAAACUAAACUAACAGGGGAUGCCUUUGAACUAUACUGUGAUGUGGCUGGGAUCCCCACACCGGAGAUCCAAUGGUGGUAUGCUGAAGUCAACCGGGUUGAGUCUUUCAAACAGCUUUGGGACAGUGCGAGGAAGCACCGGGUCACCAUUAACACAGCCUGUGGCACAAAUUGUGUGAGUGUGCUGAGAAUAACUAGUCUGACCCUGGAGGAUUCCGGCACAUAUGAGUGCCGGGCAAGCAACGACCCCCGACGGAAUGAACUGCGACAAAACCCAGCCAUAACAUGGAUCCGAGCCCAGGCCACCGUAAGCGUCCUGCAGAAGCCAAGAAUCAAUGCCAGUGAAGAUGUUACUAUAAAGAAAGACCUUGGUCCCAUUUUGUUGCAGUGCAAUCUCACACAAAAUGGCGGAAACCUUGGACCAGUUCAGAGCACCUAUUGGACCAAAAAUGGUGUGGAGAUUGCAGACACUCAGAAGACUACCACUGGCACUAGCACAGAGCUGAAGAUUCCAAAACCAAAAGCUGAAGAUUCUGGAGAAUAUUUGUGUGUAUUUACCUUCUCUAGUUCUCCACCUGUCAAUGCUACCAUUGAGGUGAAAGCUGUUCCAGAAAUCACCGGACACAAAAAGAGUGAAAACAAGAAUGAAGGACAAGAGGCACUUUUAUAUUGUAAAUGUGUAGGAUACCCUCAUCCAGACUGGAUUUGGUUUAAGGUGGUUGAUAAUGAACUAAUUGAACCAACUAAUGAGAGCGGCCGUAUCUUUAUCACUAACAAGGAUAAUUACACGGAGUUGAGAAUCAUAAACCUGGACAUUUCCAAAGACCCUGGCGUUUACCAGUGCAAUGCCACAAAUUCUGUUGGUUUAAUUAGUAGCCUUAUCAUCUUGCGUGUACGCAGUCACUUGGCUCCAGUAUGGCCCUUUCUUGGGAUUGUGGCAGAGAUCGUCAUCUUAGCGGUCAUCAUAAUUGUGUAUGAGAAGCGCAAAAGACCAGAUGAGGUGCCAGAUGAUGAUGAACCAGCUGGACCAAUGAAAAGUAACUCUACAAACAACCACAAAGAUAAAAAUUUAAGACAAAGAAACACAAACUAAAUCUCUGCAAUCGCAGAUUUUGCCAGACCGCUACAAAUACUCAUUGCUGAAGUCGACCUUCAGAUGUCUUCAAAAUUCCUUUUUCUUUUGUGUGCGUGUUUUUUAUUUUUUUUAAUUUCUUCUCUCUCAUGUGAGCGAGGGUACAAAACUACUUAAAAGCAUGCCUUAUAUAGCCUCCAAGGCGACUAAACUGAUGGGAUAUUAAGGAGCUCGACAAUAGAGUGCAUAUGCAGCUUUGUGUGCUGUGGCUUUUUUUUUUUUUAUUCACAUAAGAUAAAGAUAUAUAUAUAUAUAUAUAUAUAUAUAGAAAAUUAUAAGCCUUCCAAAUGGGUUAGUAAGGGUUUGAACAGGUUAAUGCAUGCAUGGUCUUUUGGUCUGUAUUUCAAAGUUCUUGUUGCAGUUGAGCAGGGACUACCAAGCACCCGCCGUAAUUUAAGUUUUUUUGCUUGCUAUAGCUGCCACGUGACAGAUGAGUCAGUUGAAUUGCCAUGCUACCAAUAUUUUGGCAAUAUGAAAGGUUUUCUCUGAUAGAGAAGAGGGAUUUCACUGGACUGUAUCAAGUACUAUAUUCAAGAAAUUAGACUGACUCCAGGAGAUUGCUGAGUGGCACAACAAUUAUUGAAUUCCUAAUAUACAUGUGUGUAUACUGUACAUUUUUUUUUAUACUGUAAUCUUUCCUUCCAAAAAUGUCCAGUAUUUUGCACAGAAGCAGAUUUGAACAGAAUGCUCUAGACCACAGGUUCUCAAACUCGGUCCUCAGGACCCCACACGGUGCAUGUUUUGCAGGUCUCCUCACAGAAUCACAACCACACCUGUGGACCUUUUAAAAUGUGUCAGUGAGUAAUUUAUACACCUGUGCACCUGCUGGGUUACCUGCAAAACAUGCACUGUGUGGGGUCCUGAGGACCGAGUUUGAGAACCACUGCUCUAGACCACAGGUUCUCAAACUCGGUUCUCAGGACCCCACACAGUGCAUGUUUUCCAGGUCUCCUCACAGAAUCACAAGAGAUAAUUAUUUCCACCUGUGGACCUUUUAAAAUGUGUCAGUGAGUAAUGAAUACACCUGUGCACCUGCUGGGUUACCUGCAAAACAUGCACUGUGUGGGGUCCUGAGGACCGAGUUUGAGAACCACUGCUCUAGACAGUUGUUUAGCUGCAGAUUAUUAUCAUUAACUUUAAUAUGGAAAGUUAUUAUCGAAUAUACAUGCAAUAGGUGAUCAUUCGCACAACUCUUGGUAUAAGGGGGGAUAACUGAUUGUUUUGUUAGUGCAAUGAAAUUAAAUGCCCUGCUACUUUAGACUAAAUACACAUUUUAGGUGGGAUGCUUUUGAACGUUGGUUCAAUCAUGUAUAUUCUGAAAUCCUUUUUGCACUGUUAAGUCCAAAUGUACAUUCAUGCAGGCAAUCUUUUAUAAGUUAAAAUAUAUAUAUAUUCUUUGUUUGGAGGGGUUCUGUGUUUUUAAUUUGGGUUAUUUAAAAGAUUUUUACAUUGUUCUUUAAAGCAUGGUUCUAUUCUAUGCAACUAGAUGUAAAUGUGUCAGUAUAUCAGAGCUGUAAUAUCUUUUUACUGGGCAAAGGGGUGGGGGAAUGUUCUAGUUGCAUGAGCCCAUGGAUUGUGCAAUUGAAGUGUAAUAAUAAUGUGUGUGUGGCAAAUACACUUGAUAAAACAAAGUGGAAAAAAACAAGA